AUGCAGCUCCCUCUGACCUUACAGAACCCUGACAGAGUGCAUAUAACGCACAGUAGUGUCGAAGCUCGGAACAUGUUCGCUUCUUGGGACAUAACGACACGUCUAACAUUCAACAAAGAGAACAACGCAAAUAACAUCCGUCGCGACUUACAGCGAGCAGCGCAUCUCAGGGAUCCGGAGAACAUCAGGUCACCAUCGCCAGUCACUUCAGAACUCACCAUCCAGCUGGAGGAAUGGGAGAAGAUUUUCGGAAGAUUCAGGAGGUCAAAGAUAAGAGGGAGAGAGAGGAAUACUAGCAGAGAAGCUGAGGAGGAGAAGAAGAAGAAGAGAAGAUUGGCUGAACCUUUGGUCCCCGUGGUGAAGAAUCCGCUCAUUCCUUUCCAAGCAAGUUUCCACGAUGCAUUAUACGAAAUCGCACACGUCUCCCCAAUCCCUCUCCCUUUCUUCAGUAACGACGCUCUACAGUUCAUUUCCGCCCGCGCCCACUCACUUCCGCAUAAAAAAUUCAAGUCAAAUGAUCCCAGGAAGAGUGGUUAUUUCAUCGACAUCGAAGCUCUGAAGAAAAUGCUCAGGAUCAAAUAUGCAAACGAUGAUCAACUGGAAGGCCUCGACUACAUUCUUUUCAUCAAGUGCGUCAACAACUACAUGAGAUUCGAGAUGAGUCGCGACCCAGCAGGUCCAGCUGGUACACGAGCACAAUUCAUUAUCCAGCACUUCUCAUUCUUCCUUAACAAAUGUCAUACAGCCAAACUCUACGCCUUCUGGAAGCCAGCGGAACUCCGAAUCAGAAACGAACAAUACCUCGAAUUCACAGGUUUUAUCCAGAGUGUGUAUGACUCGGAAUGGACCAAGGUAGAGAGUCAAGUUGAGUUUGAGGAUACUAUGGCAAAAGCUCGUGGCGGGUCAUUGUGGUAUUCCUACCCAUUCCAAUCCCACACAACCUCAGACACAUCUCCUCCAUACCAGGGUUCUCCGAUCGGGGAUAUGCCACCACUGUCGGAAAACACCAUCACACCUGACCACACCAGUGUCACUAAUACCCAGGUAGUGAAUCAAGAUAUUGCCGAAUAA